GUGGUGGUGGGGAGGGGUACCCUCCCGGUGUCCCCUCCCCGCCAGCCUCCCUCAGCCACUCAGCCCUCACUCCUCACGGCAUUGGCGUCAGCCCCCCACCGCGCUCUUAGACCGCCGGUGAAGUCGCCGUCCGGAGCAGUGACAAGAGAGACGCGGGCUGUUGGCGGCUGCGGCGGUGGUUGUGGUGGUGGAAGUUACAAGAACCCCAACGGCAGUCGAGGAGGUGUACCCCCCUAGUGUCAAGACGAAGAGGUUGUCGGCUCAUCAUCAUCAUCAUCCUCUUCUUCCUCCUCCUCAUCCUCCCUCAAGCCUAGCCGCCGCCGCACGCCCGUUUGCUGUCGCCGCGUCAGCAUGCCCAGCACGAUGGAGACCGGAGCACAGGGAGGGGGCAGCUGGCCCCGGGACGUCGGCAUCCUGGCGCUGGAGGUCUACCUGCCGGCGCAGUGCGUGGACCAGGCGGAGCUGGAGAGCUACGAUGGGGUGCCGGCCGGCAAGUACACGGUGGGCCUGGGCCAGACACGAAUGGGCUUCUGCACUGACCGCGAGGACAUCAACUCGCUGUGCCUCACGGUGACGCAGCGGCUAAUGGAGCGCGCCGGCCUCAGCUACGGCAGCAUCGGCCGGCUCGAGGUGGGCACGGAGACGCUGGUCGACAAGUCCAAGUCGGUGAAGACCGUUCUCAUGCAGCUCUUCGAGGAGUCGGGCAACACCGACGUGGAGGGGAUCGACACGACCAACGCUUGUUAUGGCGGCACAGCCGCCCUCUUCAACGCCGCCAACUGGGUCGAAUCCAGCGCCUGGGAUGGUCGCUUUGCCCUGGUGGUGGCCGGAGACAUCGCGGUGUACGCGACGGGAAGCGCGCGCCCUACGGGCGGCGCCGGCGCUGUCGCCAUGCUGGUGGGCCCCAACGCCCCGCUGGUCAUUGAGAGAGGCCUACGAGCGACGCACAUGCAGCACGCGUACGACUUCUACAAGCCGGACAUGCUGUCCGAGUACCCGGUGGUGGACGGCAAGCUGUCCAUCCGGUGCUACCUCAACGCCCUAGACCGCUGCUACCACACGUACCGCCGCAAGGCACAGGCGCAGUGGCAGAAAGACGGGGUGGAGCGGCACUUCACUCUGGCCGACUUUGACCACAUGGUGUUCCACUCGCCCUACUGCAAGCUCGUGCAGAAGUCGGUCGCUCGCCUCGCCCUCAACGACUUCCUGUCGGAGCCGAGCUCCGACACGGAGCAGGGCCCGUACGCCGGCCUCGACGCCUUCAGGACGGUGAAGCUGGAGGACACGUACUUCGACCGCGACGUUGAGAAGGCCUUCAUGAAGGCCAGCUCCGAGACGUUUGUCCAGAAGACGCAGCCUUCGCUGCUUGUCUCCAACCUCAACGGGAACAUGUACACGCCCUCCGUCUACGGGUGCCUGGCCUCGCUGCUAGCGCAGAACUGUGCGCAGGCGCUGGCGGGGUCUCGUGUGGGCGUCUUCUCCUACGGAUCCGGCCUCGCCGCCUCCAUGUACUCGCUGCGAGUAUCAUCGGAUGCCACGCCAGGCUCGAGUCUGGAGCGCCUGCUGUGCUCCCUGUCGGACCUGCCCGCGCGCCUCUCCGCGCGCACCUGCGUGCCGCCCCAGGACUUCGCUUCUGCCAUGAAGCUCCGCGAGGAGACGCACCACCUGGCCCCCUACACCCCCCAGGGCGCGGAGGAGGGGCUCUUCCCCGGCACGUGGUUCCUGGUGCACGUGGACGACAAGCACCGGCGGCGGUACGAGCGGCGGGCGCUCGCCCAGGACGGGCCCCUCGACCUGUCGCCCGUCGCCAGCGCCACGCCUGUGCCGCCCGAGGUUUCCAGCAGCCCGCUCAAGAAGGUCCCUCGCACGCCGAGCGCCGGAGUCGAGGGAGCUGCAGUGGAGAGCAACGGAGAGCACUAAGCGAACUCCCCUCGCUCACCGAUCGCCGCUCGCCCACCCGCCCGCCUCACCCUGUCCAAUCGCUUCACCUGUACGCUUGCCAUUUGGCCUGUAACGAUUCGCCCCCCCCCCCCCCCGCCCGCGCGGGUUCGUGUGUUCUAACGUCGUCGCGCGCCGCGUCCCGGUAUUUACACAGCAAGCCGGUCGAGUCUCGAACUGCGAGUCGGUUUGAAAUCGACCGCCCGGUCCGCUCCGUCUCCUGACCCCGCCGCCUUUCCCCACUAUUCCCAUGCCUGCGUCAUCUCCUCCCCCACCGCCUCACCCCUACCCUCCUCGUCAUCUUUCACCCCGUCCCCUCACCUCACCCGCUCACCUCUCUGCUUAUCUGCCUGCCAUCGUCGCCCUGCUUCUUGUUUAGAGAAACCCACGUCAUCUCCUCCCCCACGUUCCCGCCCUUCCCGUGCGGUUUACCCCGCUGCCCGCUGCUGAUGCCAGGCCCCGUCAACAAAAAAAGCCAGGCUGUGACUGCAGGCGGUGCAGACACGUGUGCCCAGUAAUCACGGAUUAAUUGCUACCUAGGUUAGAGAGGGGGAAAAGAGCGCUUUUACCGUUGGAAGCAUGAAGCAGCAUUUCAUUUGUACUGUAUAGCACAAACGUAUCUUGUGAUUACCACGAGCACGUGGUGAAUUUGUAUAUAUUAUAAUAAUAGUACUAUCUCUUUGGUUGCUGUAGAUGUGCCUGCCGAUUGCCACCGCCCCCCCGUCGUGUUUGUGACGUCUCUACCAACUGUUACUCUGUCCAGAGAGUGCGGCGCGUGGUACUGUCGGCUGCGGAUAUCAAGGUCUUGUCUACCACAGUAAAAUCCCAUUUACUCGAUCCGA